AUGUCGUCGCUGCCCGGUUCGACGUCAUCUCAAGCCGACCAUGUCGUCCGAGAGGGAUAUACCAAGGCCUUUGAGGGUCACAUUGUUUUCCUCACUGGAAGCACUGGGUCUCUCGGGGGAUGUCUUCUCUAUAAACUCGCUGUUCAGUUGCCCACACGCAAGAUUUACGCCCUCAUUCGGGGCGAGCCGGCACAAGCAAUCGAAAAAUGGAAGAAAGCCAUGCCUGACCAUGUUGCCGCUGUCCUGGCCUCGCAGAAAGUGCAAUUUAUCCAUGGCGAUAUCAGAUUGGCGGAUUUUGGGAUGGAGGCCGCGGUGCUCGAGGAACUGCGCAGCCAGGUCACUCUCGUCAUCCACACGGCGGCGAAGAUCAGCCUCGAGGCGAGCCUGUAUGACGCCUUUGAGAGCAACUGCUUGCCGGCGCUGGAGAUGGCCCGCAUCGCAUCGCGUUUCCGACGGCUGAAACUGCUGAUCCAGCUGUCGACGGCCUACGUGAACAGUUUCCUGCCGGACGGGCCGGUGCUUGAACGCCCGUAUGCGGUGUCGGAGGACGACCCGGAGGAGGAGCUGGCGUCGAUCCUGGCCCGUAAUGAGUCGCCCCAUGCCUCUCGCUUUUCGUCCAGCUACGCGCAGGCCAAGUACCUGAUGGAGCGCCUGCUCCCCCGCCGCUUCCCUUUGCUGCCCGUGUUGCUUGUGCGCCCCACGAUCUUUGGACAGGCCCUGCGGCAUCCGUUUCCAUUGUACGGACUGGAAAACUCGACGCCGCUGAAUAAGUUCUUCCAUUAUUUCCUGGCGGACCGGGGUGCGACCCAGGUGUGGCAUGCGGCCAAGGGCUUCACGACCGGGGCCAACAUCAUCGACGAGAUCCCCGUGGACUUUGUGGCCAACGCCUGUCUGCUGCACGCGGCGGCGCGGACAACGGGCAUCGUGCAGAUCGGCGCGCAGCUCUAUGAGCCCUUCACCUUCGACGAGUUCCUGGAGAUGGCCGCGACCCAUGCGCCGCCCUCGAUCCGGCGCGACCUGCCUCGCGUCGUCUUCACGGACGAUCACACCGCGCCGCAGUGUUUUCUGGCGGAAUUGGUGCGGGUGGCCUCGCGCCACUGGCUGUUUGAUUGCGGACGGUCCUACUGGUUGCGGCAGGUUGGGGGGCCGCUGAGCCUGCAGCAAUGCAAGUCGCAGGUCGACGAGGUAAACCGGCGGCGGGUCCAGCAGAUCUACCGCCGGCUGGAAGAUCAGGCACGCCUGUGA